AAUAGAAAGAUAUUCAUAACUGUAAAAGGGCUAUUAAAAAGGCUUACCAUGAAGUAAGAUGAUUAACAGAUAUAGGUAGUCCUUGGACACCUUAGGUUACUGCACGCACCUUCUUUGUAUCAUUGAAGGGGCAUUGAAAUAUGAAGGCGACAAACUCGAAUCAUUGCAAAUAAAGACCAAAUUAUGUUUCCAGAAUUGGUAGCUACAAAGGCUUGAGGGAAUAGAAUAGGGGAUAUCAAAGGUGGCACCUUCACAAGAAAUGAAUAGAAUGAUUACAAAUGCAAAUAAAAUGUAAACUACUGUAGCCAUCGUUUCCUGACAAGGAACAUGUCAUAAUACUUUUCCAGGAUGAAGUGGGUCCAGCGGACAUGGCCGUACUCGUGACCAAAACUGAAGUUCUCCGUAAUGAAACUUUGCUGGAAAAAUUUCUAAGCUCUAUUGCACCACAAAAUAUCUCAGUCUUCCUGCAAUCUAUCUCAUCCGCAGCAACACAGGCAAGCCUGUCAGAGCAGCAAGUAACAACAAUAAAGAAAACACUCCUAGCUACCCAGCUCAGUGGUCUUCAGGUCGAGUUCUCUACUUAUACAACGGAAGAGUGGACAGUCUUGUUCCAGGACUACUUGUUUAAUUUGACUGCAUACUUCAACAAAUCACUUCUUGAGUUCAUUCCUAUGAACGUAUCCUGCUCCUCCUACCAAGUAAUAGUGAAAGUUUUUAGCAAUCAGUUUAGCUCGAUGACAGAUGAAACAAGAGAAGCAAUCUAUCAGUACUUCCUGAAACCAUACUUGACAGCAAAAGCUUCCACUUCCGCAGUUGUUUGUGAUGCUGGAAGCUUCCAGAACUGGCGUGAAGUGAACUUUGGAGUCUUUUUCUACUUUUUCCAACUUGGAGAAAUCUUAACACUCAAUGAAAAUUUUACACCGGAUGAAGUGGGUCCAGCGGACAUGGCCGUACUCGUGACCAAAACUGAGGUUCUCCGUAAUGAAACAUUGCUGGAAAAAUUUCUAAGCUCUAUUGCACCACAAAAUAUCUCAGUCUUCCUGCAAUCUAUCUCAUCCGCAGCAACACAGGCAAGCCUGUCAGAGCAGCAAGUAACAACAAUAAAGAAAACACUCCUAGCUACCCAGCUCAGUGGUCUUCAGGUCGAGUUCUCUACUUAUACAACGGAAGAGUGGACAGUCUUGUUCCAGGACUACUUGUUUAAUUUGACUGCAUACUUCAACCAAUCACUUCUUGAGUUCAUUCCUAUGAACGUAUCCUGCUCCUCCUACCAAGUAAUAGUGAAAGUUUUUAGCAAUCAGUUUAGCUCGAUGACAGAUGAAACAAGAGAAGCAAUCUAUCAGUACUUCCUGAAACCAUACUUGACAGCAAAAGCUUCCACUUCCGCAGUUGUUUGUGAUGCUGGAAGCUUCCAGAACUGGCGUGAAGUGAACUUUGGAGUCUUUUUCUACUUUUUCCAACUUGGAGAAAUCUUAACACUCAAUGAAAAUUUUACACCGGAUGAAGUGGGUCCAGCGGACAUGGCCGUACUCGUGACCAAAACUGAAGUUCUCCGUAAUGAAACUUUGCUGGAAAAAUUUCUAAGCUCUAUUGCACCACAAAAUAUCUCAGUCUUCCUGCAAUCUAUCUCAUCCGCAGCAACACAGGCAAGCCUGUCAGAGCAGCAAGUAACAACAAUAAAGAAAACACUCCUAGCUACCCAGCUCAGUGGUCUUCAGGUCGAGUUCUCUACUUAUACAACGGAAGAGUGGACAGUCUUGUUCCAGGACUACUUGUUUAAUUUGACUGCAUACUUCAACCAAUCACUUCUUGAGUUCAUUCCUAUGAACGUAUCCUGCUCCUCCUACCAAGUAAUAGUGAAAGUUUUUAGCAAUCAGUUUAGCUCGAUGACAGAUGAAACAAGAGAAGCAAUCUAUCAGUACUUCCUGAAACCAUACUUGACAGCAAAAGCUUCCACUUCCGCAGUUGUUUGUGAUGCUGGAAGCUUCCAGAACUGGCGUGAAGUGAACUUUGGAGUCUUUUUCUACUUUUUCCAACUUGGAGAAAUCUUAACACUCAAUGAAAAUUUUACACCGGAUGAAGUGGGUCCAGCGGACAUGGCCGUACUCGUGACCAAAACUGAAGUUCUCCGUAAUGAAACUUUGCUGGAAAAAUUUCUAAGCUCUAUUGCACCACAAAAUAUCUCAGUCUUCCUGCAAUCUAUCUCAUCCGCGGCAACACAGGCAAGCCUGUCAGAGCAGCAAGUAACAACAAUAAAGAAAACACUCCUAGCUACCCAGCUCAGUGGUCUUCAGGUCGAGUUCUCUACUUAUACAACGGAAGAGUGGACAGUCUUGUUCCAGGACUACUUGUUUAAUUUGACUGCAUACUUCAACCAAUCACUUCUUGAGUUCAUUCCUAUGAACGUAUCCUGCUCCUCCUACCAAGUAAUAGUGAAAGUUUUUAGCAAUCAGUUUAGCUCGAUGACAGAUGAAACAAGAGAAGCAAUCUAUCAGUACUUCCUGAAACCAUACUUGACAGCAAAAGCUUCCACUUCCGCAGUUGUUUGUGAUGCUGGAAGCUUCCAGAACUGGCGUGAAGUGAACUUUGGAAUCUUUUUCUACUUUUUCCAACUUGGAGAAAUCUUAACACUCAAUGAAAAUUUUACACCGGAUGAAGUGGGUCCAGCGGACAUGGCCGUACUCGUGACCAAAACUGAAGUUCUCCGUAAUGAAACUUUGCUGGAAAAAUUUCUAAGCUCUAUUGCACCACAAAAUAUCUCAGUCUUCCUGCAAUCUAUCUCAUCCGCAGCAACACAGGCAAGCCUGUCAGAGCAGCAAGUAACAACAAUAAAGAAAACACUCCUAGCUACCCAGCUCAGUGGUCUUCAGGUCGAGUUCUCUACUUAUACAACGGAAGAGUGGACAGUCUUGUUCCAGGACUACUUGUUUAAUUUGACUGCAUACUUCAACCAAUCACUUCUUGAGUUCAUUCCUAUGAACGUAUCCUGCUCCUCCUACCAAGUAAUAGUGAAAGUUUUUAGCAAUCAGUUUAGCUCGAUGACAGAUGAAACAAGAGAAGCAAUCUAUCAGUACUUCCUGAAACCAUACUUGACAGCAAAAGCUUCCACUUCCGCAGUUGUUUGUGAUGCUGGAAGCUUCCAGAACUGGCGUGAAGUGAACUUUGGAGUCUUUUUCUACUUUUUCCAACUUGGAGAAAUCUUAACACUCAAUAAAAAUUUUACACCGGAUGAAGUGGGUCCAGCGGACAUGGCCGUACUCGUGACCAAAACUGAAGUUCUCCUCAAUGAAACUUUGCUGGAAAAAUUUCUAAGCUCUAUUGCACCACAAAAUAUCUCAGUCUUCCUGCAAUCUAUCUCAUCCGCAGCAACACAGGCAAGCCUGUCAGAGCAGCAAGUAACAACAAUAAAGAAAACACUCCUAGCUACCCAGCUCAGUGGUCUUCAGGUCGAGUUCUCUACUUAUACAACGGAAGAGUGGACAGUCUUGUUCCAGGACUACUUGUUUAAUUUGACUGCAUACUUCAACCAAUCACUUCUUGAGUUCAUUCCUAUGAACGUAUCCUGCUCCUCCUACCAAGUAAUAGUGAAAGUUUUUAGCAAUCAGUUUAGCUCGAUGACAGAUGAAACAAGAGAAGCAAUCUAUCAGUACUUCCUGAAACCAUACUUGACAGCAAAAGCUUCCACUUCCACAGGUAUGUUUGCAUGUCCCCUAUUCUCUUGUGAGAUGAAGGAGUUUCUUGUCCCUUCUUGUGGUGGAAAAAGUCUUACUUUCCUCUUCAACCUUGGAGCUGCUUUAUAUCACUUUGCUAAAAAAAAAUCUCUGUUUCCUUCUAGUUGUUUGUGA